CAGACAUGACUGCUGUGAGGAUGAGCAGAGGGGCUUCAUUGUGCUGUAAGCGUCUAUCCUGGUUAGCGUAUAAUAUAAGCGAGGCUAGUGACUGAUAACUCAUCCAUAAGAUUUUAGCAAACACGGAGGCACUCUGCCUGUGAAAUUUUGAGUAGACUGCAGUCAGCUGUCUCCUCCCUUCAUUCCUCCAACAGCAGUUGUGGCUGUGGUGUCCCUAAGGUCACUGCAGUAGAACUGCUUUCUUGAAGGGUGUGAACAAGCUCUGCAAGAAACUUCAAUCAUGGCGGCCGUGUCUGCAUCCGUUCCCCGCGUCGCGGCUCACGCCAGCGGCAUCUCAAAGUGCAUCUCAGCGAAACUUGAAUCCACCUUUAACGCAGUAUCUGUGACGCCAUGGAAGCAACAAUCGAUGCUCGGGAGCCUGCUUGCAUCAAAAGCCGCGAGGGGAGGCUCUGCUAGGGUUGUGGAGAGGUUCGUGCCUGGCAAGUGCGAGGCGACUAUGGAGUUCUUCAAAGGGAAAAUGUCUGAGGGUUUUCAGGAGGACGACACGGAAUACUCCAGAGCCACUGUCGUCGAAGCAAAUGAGGUGAAGAGCAGCGCUGAUGGCUUCGUCGUCAAGAUGUCCGACGGCUCGCUCCUCAAAUGCGCUCACACAAACCCCGACGGCGCGAGGCUUCCUGACUAUACGGCCCAGCCGGCCAUUGUCCUCAAACUCGAAGACGGCAGCGGCAUUCUUCUUCCAAUAAUCGUCCUGGACUUGCCGAGCCAGAUGGCUCAGGAGGCCAUCCGAAAUGUCCCACUCGCCAGGCCAACGGUGUACCUGGUGAUGAGAGACAUGAUCGACAUGAUGGGAUACAAGCUCAAGUUGGUGCGCAUCACUCAUCGCGUGUGUGAGGCAUACUACGCCCGAGUUUACCUCGAGAAGGUCGGCGAGGGGGGAGGAACUGUGUUCAGUCUUGACCUGAGGCCGUCUGACGCCAUCAACCUGGCCAUCCGAGCGAGGGUGCCCAUUCAGGUGAACAGAUCUCUGGCAGUGGGAGAUGGCGUGAGAGUCGUCAGCACUGCGCCGCAGCCAGGGGUCCGUCCUGCCCGGACAAUCCGCCGACGCAACUUCGUGCCUACAGAGGAGGACAUGCCUGACAAGUCGAGCAUGGUGCUGCAGGACCUUACAGCGGAAUUCAGGCUGCUUCAGACCAUGCAGCAUGCCAUAGCAGAGGAGCGCUUUACUGAUGCAGCUAAGAUUCGUGACGAGCUCACAGCCUUCCGCACGCUCAAGACCAAGCUUGAGGACUGACUGAAGCUCCACGGAAUUCCUCUGGUAUUAGAAAGUAACUCUGGCGGAGGUCAACAGUAAACGCUGGCUGGUUAAGAGAGGGCCAGACUGUGCUGUCGCCAGCAACCUGAGUCUACCUGCUCUCCUUCCCCUGCUUCUAAGUGCAAGGGCUUCAUUCUGUGCCUCCGCUCUGGCUGUCUAGGGGGGGCGAGAGGCUUGUCUUGUAAAGAGAGGAGCAUCACAGGGGUGCGGCGCCGAGGUGUAUGUAUGUACGUCAAGGGCGUGUGUUUUGUUUAGGUGCAGAGGUGGAGGAGCUAGUGCUCCUCCCCAGUCACGAGGAUCAGGGAGGCCAGUCUUUUGCUGAGUGAGUGAGGCAGGCAGCGUGUACAUAGGUGUCACCUUUCUGUUGUGAAUGUGUUUAUAGUGUGCAUUUCGAGUGAAGAGUUUGACCAAACUACAGAUGAGAAAUUUUUUUGUAGUAAAAAAUUUACAGAUUG